CUGUCCUGCUCUUUCCCUUUGCUCACAGUCAAUGAGCCUUGGCACACAGGGACAAGCUGUGGUCUCUGACUGCUUUGUUCUCUUUGACUUGAGGUGGACGUGUUGAUAUCUCACCUGGCAGCCUGCGAAGGCUUCCAGCAAAUGCCGGCUGAUGAAGAGCCCCAAGGUCGGCGGCAGGCACAGAUCUACACAGGCUCUUCCAUUCAAUCUGCUGCAGCAGCAGCAGCAGCAGCAUCUAAAGGAGCCUUUGUUCCCCAAGCUGAGCAGUGGAUCCUGGGCAGUUUGUCCAUUUCCAGCAGUGACACAUCUGCUGCUCAGCUCCAGGAGAGCCAGGGAGACUUCGUGGAGCAACUGAGGAGAAUGGUGAACAAGGAAAAUCCCAUCACAAAAUACAUCGAACUGGAAAGUCUUGGCAGCGGGGGUUUUGGAGAGGUUUCCAGAGCACUUGACAUUGCAACAGGAGGAGAGGUGGCCAUCAAGAAAAUAAAUGUGCAAGGAGUGAGUAGGAAGAUACUAACCAUGAAUGAAAUCAGGAUCAUGGAGAGUAAUAGGAGUCCCAGGAUCGUGAAUUACUUAGCCAGGUGAGUGGUCACGGUCCUAUCCCUUGAAUGUUUCUUUACAUACUACAAGCAUGAGAGCUUAAAAACCCACUUUGGUCUGUGGCAGGAAAUAGAGCUGUUAAUGAUUAUUUCUCUACUUAUCUCCAAUGGAUGGGAAGAGACUGCAUUUUGUCUGCAUGAAUCCACCCUGGCAAAUGCAGACUGAAAAUUGUUCAAAAACCUGCAUCAGCCCUAUCUUAAGAAUUCAA